CCGGCGGCUCCGGCUCCACGGCCGGGGGCCCCGGGUGGGCGGAGGUGGCGGCUCCCGGGACCGGCCGCGCGCAAUGAUGUUGUCCACUGGGCAUAUGCUGAAGAUUGUUACAGGUCUGAGAAAAUAGCUACCACUGAAAAUCUGAAAGCUGGGGGCAAGGAAGAGGCUUGAAUCUCGAGGUGGGACGUUGACUCUAAGAUGUCCUUGAGCAGUGGAGCCUCCGGAGGGAAAGGAGUAGAUGCAAAUCCAGUUGAAACGUACGACAGUGGGGAUGAGUGGGACAUUGGAGUAGGGAAUCUCAUCAUUGACCUGGACGCUGACCUGGAGAAGGACCAGCAGAAACUGGAGAUGUCAGGCUCGAAAGAGGUGGGGCUACCAGCCCCCAAUGCUGUGGCCACACUGCCGGACAACAUCAAGUUUGUGACCCCAGUGCCAGGACCACAAGGGAAGGAAGGCAAGUCAAAAUCCAAAAGGAGUAAGAGUGGCAAGGACAGUGGAAAGCCCACCCCAGGGGCUUCCUUGUUCACAGCAAGUGAAGGGGCAUCUGGUAAGAAAGAAGCUCAGGGACGAUCAGGGGAUGGUGCUAAUGCAGGAAGCCUGGUAACUGCUAUUGCCCCCAAGGGUUCAGAGAAGGCUGCUAAGGCAUCCAGAAAUGUGGCAAGCUCUAAGAAAGAGAAGGAGAGUAACUCAUCGAAGAGCAAGAAGGAGAGAAAUGAGGGAGUGGGGACUUGUUCAGAGAAGGAUUCGGGGGUUCUUCAGCCUCUUGCCUUAGGAGGACGGGGCAGCCAAUAUGAUGGAAGUGCAGGGGUGGACACUGGAACUACAGAGCCUCUUGGGAGUAUAGCCAUUGAGCCAGGGACAGCACUCAACCCGUUGGGAGUUAAGCAGGAGCCAGAGGAAGGGGAGAGCGAGUGCCGUCCACUGAAGAAAGUCAAGUCUGAAAAGAUGGAAUCCCCUGUCUCCACACCAGCUGUGCUUCCCCUGCAUCUCUUAGUUCCAGUGGUCAGUAAUGAUAUCUCCUCCCCCUGUGAGCAAAUCAUGGUUCGAACCCGCUCUGUAGGAGUGAACACCUGUGAUGUGGCAUUGGCUACAGAACCUGAGUGCUUAGGCCCUUGUGAACCUGGGACCAGUGUCAACCUAGAGGGCAUUGUGUGGCAAGAAACAGAAGAUGGCAUGUUGGUGGUGAAUGUGACAUGGAGGAACAAGACCUACGUGGGCACCCUUCUUGAUUGCACACGUCAUGAUUGGGCACCCCCCAGGUUCUGUGACUCCCCCACCAGCGACCUGGAGAUGCGUAACGGCCGAGGCAGAGGUAAGCGCAUGCGUCCCAAUAGCAACACACCUGUAAAUGAGACAACUACGGCUUCCGACAGCAAGGGGACCAGCAACAGCAGCAAGACCCGGGCAGGGGCUAAUAGCAAAGGCCGCCGGGGCAGCCAGAAUUCUUCAGAGCACCGCCCUCCCCCAAGCACGACCACUGAGGAUGUCAAGGCCAGCCCUUCCUCUGCCAACAAGCGAAAAAAUAAACCCCUUUCCGACAUGGAGCUGAACUCUAGCUCUGAGGACUCAAAAGGGAGCAAGCGAGUCCGAACCAAUUCUAUGGGUUCAGCCACUGGGCCCCUUCCUGGGGUCAAGGUAGAGCCUGCCAUCUUAGAUAGAAAUUGCCCCUCCCCAGUCCUCAUUGACUGCCCCCACCCAAACUGCAACAAGAAAUAUAAGCACAUCAAUGGACUAAAGUACCACCAGGCCCAUGCACACACAGAUGAUGACAGCAAGCCAGAAGCUGAUGGAGACAGUGAAUAUGGGGAGGAAUCUUCCCUGCACACAGACCUUGGAAGCUGUAAUGGUGCCUCUGUCUCCCAGAAAGGCUCCCUCUCCCCUGCUCGCUCAGCCACCCCCAAAGUCCGACUGGUAGAACCCCAUAGCCCCUCUCCUUCAAGCAAAUUCAGCACAAAGGGCCUCUGUAAGAAGAAACUGAGUGGAGAAGGGGACACAGAUCCAGGGGCUCUGUCCAAUGAUGGCUCUGAGGAUGGUCCCUCGGUAGUGGAUGAGACAAGCAAUGAUGGCUUUGAUUCAUUGGAGAAGAGAUGUUUGGACAAAGACAAAUCUAAAAAACCUUCUAGUUCAAAACCUGAAAAGAUUCCUUCCAAGAGCUUAAAGUCAGCCCGACCUAUUGCCCCUGCUAUUCCCCCUCAACAGAUCUACACCUUCCAGACUGCCACCUUUACCGCAGCCAGCCCAGGUUCUUCCUCUGGGUUGACCACUACAGUCGUCCAGGCCAUGCCCAACAGCCCACAACUUAAACCCAUUCAACCCAAACCUACUGUAAUGGGAGAGCCUUUUACUGUCAACCCUGCCCUGACCCCAGCCAAGGAUAAGAAGAAGAAAGAAAAAAAGAAGAAAGAGUUGAAGGAACUCGAAAACCCCCUGACUCCUGGAAAGGUUUGCCGAGCUGAAGAAGGCAAGAGCCCAUUCAGGGAGUCCUCCGGUGACGAUCGGACCAAAAGCGAGGGGCUCCUUAAUGGCUCGUCAGACCCCCAUCAGAGUCGUCUGGCCAGCAUCAAAGCUGAGGCAGAUAAGAUCUACAGCUUUACAGAUAACGCCCCCAGCCCCUCCAUUGGCAGCAGCAGUCGGUUGGAUAGCACGACUCCCGCCCAGCCCAUGACUCCCCUGCACGUGGUUACUCAGAAUGGAGCAGAAGCCAGUUCUGUUAAGAACAACAGUCCUGCAUAUUCUGACAUCUCGGAUGCUGGAGAGGAUGGGGAAGGCAAGGUGGACAGCGUCAAAUCAAAAGACCCCGACCAAUUAGUCAAAGAAGGGGCUAAGAAAACCCUUUUCCCCCCUCAGCCUCAGAGCAAAGACUCUCCUUAUUACCAAGGUUUUGAAACCUACUACUCUCCAGGCUAUCCCCAGUCCAGCCCAGGGACUCUGAACCCCAGCAGCCAGACUGGAGUGGAGAGCCAGUCACUGAAGGUCAAAAAGGAUGAAGAACCCGAGAACCCCGAGGCAAAAGUCAAGAACGAGGGCUGUGAGGAUAAGAAAGCAGAGCUGAGCAGUUCCAGCCAGCAGCCUUCGGUCAUUCAGCAGCGCCCCAACAUGUACAUGCAGUCCCUGUACUACAACCAGUACGCCUACGUCCCCCCCUACGGCUACAGCGACCAGAGCUACCACACCCACCUCCUCAGCACCAACACGGCUUACCGCCAGCAAUAUGAGGAGCAGCAGAAGCGGCAGAGCUUGGAGACGCAGCAGCAACGCGGCCUGGAGAAGAAGGUGGAGCUGAGCCUGAAGGAGCGCGAGGCCGCCCUCAAGGAGGACUGGAAACAGAAACCCUCCGUCCCCCCCACGCUCACCAAGGCCCCAAGCCUGACGGACCUCGUGAAGUCGGGGCCCAGUAAGGCCAAAGAGCCGGGGCCCGAUCCUGCCAAGUCUGUCAUCAUCCCCAAACUGGAGGAUUCCUCCAAACUCCCCAGCCAGGCCACUGAGGGGCUCAAGGUGAAACUGAGUGAGGCUGGCCACCUGGCUAAGGAGGCCUCAGACUCCAAAGCAGCCACCGAGUGUGGCCGACAGACAGACGUGGAUCCGGUGCUCUGGUAUCGACAGGAGACAGAACCUCGAAUGUGGACAUAUGUUUAUCCUGCCAAGUACUCAGAUAUCAAGUCAGAAGAUGAGCGGUGGAAAGAGGAAAGGGACCGAAAGUUGAAGGAGGAAAGAAGCCGGAGUAAAGACUCUGUCCCCAAGGAGGAUGGGAAAGAGAGCACAAGUGGCGAUUGUAAACUGCCCCCCUCUGAAGACUCCCGACUUGGGGGCAAGGAGCCCCGGCCCAGUGUCCAUGUGCCUGUGUCCUCCCCUCUUACCCAGCAUCAGUCUUAUAUUCCCUAUAUGCACGGCUACUCCUACAGCCAGUCCUAUGAUCCAAACCAUCCCAGCUACCGAGGCAUGCCAGCUGUCAUGAUGCAGAACUAUCCAGGUUCCUAUUUGCCCUCCAGCUACUCCUUUUCCCCCUAUGGUAGCAAAGUCUCGGGGGGUGAAGAUGCUGACAAGGCAAGAGCCAGCCCCAGUGUGAGCUGCAAGUCUAGCUCAGAGUCAAAGGCCCUGGACAUCUUGCAGCAGCAUGCCAGUCACUACAAGAGCAAGUCUCCCACGAUAAGUGAGAAGGCUUCUCAAGACAGAGACCGAGGAGGCUGCGGGGUGGUAGGGAGUGGCGGAGGCUGUAGCAGCGUCGGGGGAGCCAGUGGGAGUGAGAGAAGUGUAGACCGGCCUCGCACCUCUCCAUCCCAGCGCCUGAUGUCCACACACCACCACCACCACCACUUAGGGUACUCACUCCUCCCUGCACAGUAUAACCUGCCCUAUGCAGCAGGACUUUCUUCUACAGCCAUUGUUGCCAGCCAGCAAGGCUCAGCUCCCUCACUCUACCCACCCCCCCGGAGGUGAGAAUGGACCUGAAGCUCUGGGAUAAUGUGGGCUCCGAGGCCGGUGACCCGAGGAGGUGCUGGAGGUGCCAUUAGACAUCAGUUGAAUGGUGUUGAUCAUCCUGUUGACCAUUCUCACGGAGACUGGAGGCAGAUCCUUGGCAAUCUCCCCUCCAGCAGACCCCUGGACUCCCCGUCCCUCCCUCCUCCUCAGGAGCCGGAGAGCUGGUACUUAGCAAAAGUAUUUAUUCUCUUGGCCACAGUGACUGUUGUGGUCACAACACAGGGGUAAAGGCAUCGGUUGUAAUCUGGGGGCAUUGCUUUGGGCCCAGGGAAGUCACUGCUCCAUUUCCUGAGCCCCUUCUCCAAACCAAGAGACCCCAUCAUGGUCACCUUCUGGGGGCACACCCCAGACACUAGAUGGGGUCUGAAGAAAGCGCGGCAAUCACCCCCCAUCUCUACCACCACCAGACCCUUCAUCUCCCCAGAAGCUGGGGCUCCAGGGGCUGGAAGCAAGCAGAGGAAUUAGAAUCUCAGGAAAGAAAUUUUAGGGCUGUUUUCUCUGUGAUUGUGAAAACAAAGUCAUCAGAAAUGAAGAUCCCUUCUCCUCCUUCCCUGUGCACCUAUGUGUGUGCCUGUGCUUAGAGCCUGACCCGUACAGGAACACCUACGUCCCCACCCAGAGGACCCAAAAGGGAGGCAUCUUUAUACCCUUAACCCCCAGCACCAGCACAGAGCCCACCCACUGGAUCCCCCUGGGAGAGCUGGGGCCUCUAAAAUGGAGCCUUCUCCCCCAUCCUCCCAUUUUUUCAAGGUCCUGCUGUCUGUCUCUCCCAGUUUCCUUUUCCUCUUUUUCCACUUUUAAAACUUCAAUUUUUCUUUCUUUUCCCCCCUCCUCCUAACCAGAGGUUUCCACCCUCAUCUCUUCUUUCCUUCCUGGUGCCUCAGGCAGAGAAAAAUCCUACCUGCUUCUGAUAUGGGAAACCCGGGGGCUAGAAACUAUGAAACCUGCCUUUUCUUCCUAGGGUAGCACUAGGGAGACAGCCCCUGGAGCACCCAGAAGAUCUUGGAGACACUGUCCACAGUCAGCCAUCUCUGUGUCCUCCCCACUUAGGGCUUUGCACAUGUGCAACCCUUGUCCCUUUCUGUACAUGUGUACUUGAUUUUAUAUAACUCUCUAACCUCCAUGUGUGCCAAUAUAAGCCGUGUUUAUAUGUAAUACACGUCUGUUUUAUAGGGGUUGUUGGCUAGGGGAGGUUUCUUGGACCAUAGGCCCUUAAGAAAAGAUGCUUUGAAGAUAAGAGAUUCUCCCUCCCUUUUCCCUUUUGAUGGGGAACUCAAGCCAGCAUUGAGCCUGCUGCUUUGCCUCUGGAAGAUGUGGACCACAGGGGGCAGGUAGCUGUGCUUAAAGGACCUCCAAGGAUAUUUCUUCCAGAGCUCAACCUCUGAGUUCAACCUCCUUUCUUCCCUCCCUUUUCCCCUUGGGUCUCUAGGAUUGAGGCCUGACCAGGCUGGGUAGAGGAAUGCUUUUUGUGACCGGAGUGCCAGAAGGAAGCAGCUGGGAAUAGGAACCUGGCUCUGACUCCUGGGAGUAGCAAGUUUAUUGGGGCAAGCACAAUACCCAGUUGAGGUUGUUUUCUAAGAGUUAUGGGCAUCCCUGGAGGUAGAAAAGAUGGGGCAGUCAGCCUUACAGGGCUUUCCUUUACGGGGAUCCAUGCUCUCCCUUUGCCCUAGGUUGGGUACGAAGCCUCCUUCCUCUGCAAAGCUGCUAUUUUCAGACCUUAUCGCAGGCCAUCAAGCAGUCAUCCUCUCCCCCUAAUUAUUCUUCCUACUUUAUACUGCUCCCCAUAGGCUGUGCUUGGAGCAGUGACUUCCCUUCAAGGAGGCUCCUGGACUUGGAUCCAGGUGCCCUCCCUGAGACCAGCCACCACUCAAGAGCUCAUUCUGGGGCCUAAUCCGCAUUGUAACUUACCAGGCUGCUGUGGGGCUGAGCCAGUGGCCCAUCUCACUGUUCCUGUUUGUUUUUAAAUAUUGUUGUGUGUUUUGUAUCUGUGGCGCCGGCCUGCGGCGUGCUCUGUACAUACUGUAAAGAGGAAUUGUUUGGAAAUUGUUUGGGGUAGUUUUCUUUCCCAUUGGGCGGGUAUGGCCCCAAACUCUUGCUCCAUCUGUCUCACUCUGUAACAUAGAGAAGAGGUAGCUGGUGGACCAGUGGGACGGGCUCGGGGUUCUUCAGAAGGGAACAGCUUUUCUCUUAAUUUUCUUUAUUCUUAAACCGAUGUUUGGCUCUUUGAUCCCUGUAUCCAAGACCUUCCCCCCAGUAUUGGGGAGGAAGGGCUCACAAAGAAAGAUGGCAGCAAAAGCAGGCAACAUGUUUCUUCCCAUUCCCAGACCCCUGGCUCUUUGCCAGGCCCAGGCUUCUCUCCCUAUCCUGCCACUCACACUGUGGUAGCAGGUAUGAGGCUGCUAAUUUGGAAGAGAUGGAGUUGAAGAACAAUGUUAAGUGGAGGAUUUGCACUCCUACCUCAGGCCUCAGGACUUCCAGGCACAAUUGGGACCAUUGAGGGAACCAUACUAUUCUUGGGUUUUAGCGAGUAGAGUAAGGAUUCCCCUUGGGGUGGGAGGGAGCAGGAACCCAGGCUAGAGCAAAUCAAGCUAUCUUUGCCCAGGACUGCAAAGGUAAUGCUUGUUGAAGCUCCCCGUUGAAAGGCAGUUUUCAGAAGAAAGCUGAGAAAAGGGGAGGAGGUUAUAACAAGGCCUGGGAUCUGUCCCUAGCCAGAUCCAUCAAACUGAGAGCAGCACUGAAUUCCCAACUGAAAUGAAUUGGGCUGUGAUUCGAGGGUUACUCUUUCUUCUUAUCCUUAUGUCCAGCUCUGCAAGACACCUAGUUAGUACCAAGAUAAAAGUAACAGAGUGUGGGAAUGCAUCCACUCCCUAGACAAGGUAAAGGAGGCCAGUGGGAAGCUGGGGAGUUUGCAGAGGAAAUAGAGGCCUGUUAACUACGGGCUUUAAGAAGGGAAUUCUCCUUGUCAGCUGCUGCUCCGCCCUCUCCAACCCCAGGACUCAAAAGCUACUCUGAAUCCUCUCAGAGAGUUUGACCAAGCAAUUAGGUCCCACAAUAAAUGGGCCCUAUUUUUGCUAUUUGUGGUGGUAUUGGGGAAACCCAAGAAUUUCUGUCUAGCCCAUUAUCAGGGGGCUAUCCCAGGAUGAACCCCUCUCUCUGCCCCCUUUAUUCAACUCCUUUCCCCAGCCCAGCUCCUUGCCAUGGUAUUCAGCCCAUUGGGAACAGGUUGGGCCUGGCAAGGAGGGGGCAGUGUUGCUGUUUAUAGCUUGUUCCAUUGGAGUUGCUCUGUUGGGUUUGAUUUCAGUCUUCCUGAUUCUUCCCUUCUGUAAAGUGUACAUUACCAAGUUCCUUGUUUUUUAUAUAUAUAUAAAUAUAUAUAUAUAUAUAUACAAACUGUACUCUUUUUGCCUUUGUACAUUCAGGCAAGAAGAGAAAAUAAAUCUUUUUAAGAGACAAUCACAAACCUGUGAGGGCUGCUGGUUAUUUCUCCCAAGUGUGUGCCACAGAGCUGCACUCAGCUUACUAGUGUCCCCCAAACUGUUUCACCACACACACACUUCCAUGUUUGGAUCCUUACCACCUUCUCUCCUUCCAAUUUGAUUCACAUACAUAGCCUCCUAUGAUGGUUGAUGGCAGGCUAUAUCUGGUACUCUCCAGAGCUUUGGAUGGUUCAGUACAGAUGCUUGCUUUUUCCUAUUUCAUCACAACCUUUGCUUUUUUCCACCUGCAGGCCCCAACCUCUAAGAUGCUCUGGAGCAUUUGGGUACUUUUGGGUACAUCCCGACUCCAGAGGUUGAGACAGUGGAGAUUAUGAAAAGGCUUUGCAGCUAACUGGGAACUACAUUUUGGACUAUAAACCCCCCCCAAUUUAGGCUUGUAUAUAUGUUUUUGGGGAUAUAUAAGGAAGCAGCUCUUUGUCUACUGACUCCUGUCUCCAAUACAGAUCUCUCACCCUAGGAUGAUAACUGCAGCCCAAAGAAUAGUACAACCUGCUGUAGUUGUCUCAUUUAGAAAAAUAUCUCGGGUCUACUCUGAAGAGCAGCUGAAGGUUGUGAAUAGUUAUUAGUCAACUAGUAUAAAGCCACAGGGCAGUGGACCAUUCUAAAAUGUAGGCUUAAAGUAAGCCCAUUUCCCAGCUUUUGGUUUUUUUUUUCCCCUCUCUAUAGUGCUUUCCCUUUUCCCUAGUUGACCAUGAUAUAGAAUUGAAGCUGAUUUCUAAAAUAGUGAAUAAAGCUUUAAGAUCUUGCUCACAAUUUUUGUGAAAAUCAAGUGAGUUUAACUCAUUUCAGGGAGGGGGAAAAGUGUGGCCCUUGGUUUUUUCAUUUUUUU